GGGAGGAAGGAGAGAUGUGAACUGAGUACAGAGAGGGAAAGAGAAAGGAGACAUGAGGGGUGAGAUCUGAACAUGAUAUGUAACCAGGACGGAGGUGUGAAUACAGCUUUUUUGGAUGUGUGAGUAAAAUUACAGGCACGGCUGCAUUCCGCUUCCUUAGGAGAGUGCAUACCGGAGAGUGAUUUCUCCUGAGGAUGUCCUAAAAUGGUUUCCGUAAGUGACAGCUCUCUUCUUCUGCUCUUCUGUCAAGGGAUUUUCACACUCCUGCUCAUUCUCAGGGAGCUGCUGUUGUACAGCAGUGUGAGGGACCCCCGCUAGUAGACCCGGCUCAGUAGACACAGAUCUGCUUCACCAGGACUCGGAAGAUGGCGGCAGAUGAUCGGUACAGAUCGGACACAGCGAAGGUGAAGCGUAAGGAACAGCUGAACCGAUGGAUGGGAUCAGAGACAGAGAGAUGUAUGGGUUCUGGUACCUCCCACCGCCCCGCACGGGUCCGCUUUGCCCAGGGAGCUGUGUUUAUGGCCGCUUGUUCUGCCGGGGACCGAGACGAAGUUCGGCAAUUGUUGACUGCCGGGGCCCCGAUCAAUGGAACCAAUGUGGAUGGACUGACAGCGCUGCACCAGGCCUGCAUUGACGAGAAUCUAGAAAUGGUGCAGUUUCUGGUGGAGAAUGGAUCUAAUGUGAACCAGCCAGAUAAUGAAGGGUGGACGCCUCUCCAUGCUGCAGCUUCUUGCGGCUUCGUCAGUAUUGCACAGUAUUUGAUCGCUAAUGGGGCUAGUGUGGCUGCUGUGAAUAGUGAAGGGGAGCUGCCUCUAGAUGUGUCCCAUGAGAGUGCAAUGGAGAAACUGCUGAAAAGUGAGGUCAAAAAGCAAGGCGUGGACCCAGAUGUAGCUCGGCGGGAGGAGGAGGAGGUGAUGCUGAGAGACGUACGGCAUUGGUUAAACAGUGGGAAAGCAGAGGACAUAAGGCAUCCAACCACUGGGGCCACCGCUCUGCACGUGGCUGCAGCCAAGGGCUACACUGAGGUGAUAAGGUUGCUUCUGCAACUGGGCUUUGAUGUGGAUGCCCGAGACUUUGACGGUUGGACACCUUUGCAUGCGGCCACUCACUGGGGCCAGGAGGAUGCAUGUCGCCUGUUGGUUGAGGCUCUCUGUGACAUGGAGGUUAUCAACAAAGUGGGGCAGACGGCCAUUGAUGUUGCAGAUGAGAGUUUAGAGACUGUGCUGGAAGAAUUAAAGAAGAAACAAAGUGUGCUACGUUUGGAGAAGAAGAAAACCGCACCCCAAAUUCUCAACCAAAGUUCCCUGAACCAGAACGCAGCUAACAAGAGUCGAAGGAGUUCUAUUUCUCGUAUGAGCAGCCAAGAGAAAGUUGCACUUCGUGUCCAGGAUAAGGAGCGUCGGGCGCAGCCUACCCCAUCCGUUGGGCUUCCUUCUAUACCCACCACUGUGGGAUCUGAUGCAGAGUCUGGCUCUGACACAGAGUCACAGAAAGUAAAAGCUCAGGAAAGAAUUAAUAACUUAAACAAUCAAUUGCGUAAUCUUCCGGAACCAGCAGCAAAGAAGGCCAGUGUUGUGCAGGAGCAGGAGAAGUCCGAGCCGGCCUCUGGUUCCUGGCGAGCCUCUCUGAGGAAGACUGGAAGCACUGGCGCACUGAGUACAGGAACUGCUGCAGAGGAGGGAAGAAGGGCAGCAUUGCCAAAGUCUGCUUCUAGUUCUCAGCUGUCUGAAAGGGAGAAAGCUGGUUCUGAGCUUCGUCUGGCUCGUGUACCUCCAAACCAGAAGCUGCAAAGUAACCAGGAGAAUGCUAGAGACAGUGUGAUGGGCCGGGGAUCAUACUUGCGGCAGCGUACUGAAGGAGAGGAGGGAAUAAGCUCUGUGCGCAGGCAGUGGGGUGAACGCCCUGCUGCUAAAACUGAAAAUUCCAUCCCAAGGAGAGAGCCUUUGACUGCGAAAUCAGAAACUCCUGUGCCAAACAAAACACCUAUAGCUCCCAAAGAAGAGAACCUGAUUUCAACACCUGAUGCACUUGGAAGACGAACAGGGACUACUAAUGCUAUUACCACUAAUACAGAGCCAGCGGUCAACACUGAGACAAAGGAGAGGCGCAGGUCCUAUCUGACACCAGUGCGGGAUGAGGAGGCUGAGGCUCAGCGUAAAGCAAGGUCUCGCCAUGCACGACAGUCUCGGAGGUCCACUCAGGGAGUAACUCUUACUGACCUGAAGGAGGCAGAAAAAGUUAUGAAAGGUCAGCAGGACAAUAAAGAGGCUGAACCGACCCCAGAGCCAGUGAAGGCCCAAGAGGAGGAGAAUAACAGAGAGAGCCAAGUAAAAGCCAGGACCAGCCGUGGAGCCAGUGAGGAAGGGACGGAGGUCAGUUGGAGGGCUCGCAUUGCCAGUUUGCAAAAAUCUGAUCUAUUAGGGCUAACUACUCCAGAUACAGCACCUACCCCAUCAGGAUCCAACAGACGAGCAGGAGGCCAGAGCUUAGAAAGCAAAGAGAUGCAAAAGUCCCAGGAGGACGAGAAGGAGAGUGAUGAGAAAGGUGGGAAAAACAAAGCAGGGGUGAAGGACAGGAGAAGACCACGGGGCAAGCGAAGAUCCACUGGUGUUCCACUAACCACUAGAGAUAGUGAUGAAGAAGACUCUGAAGAUGAAGAGGGAAAUGGUGACAGCUCACAAACUCAGGUAGACGGACUUGUUUCUCGGGCAGAUAGUCGGUCGAACACACACACCACAAUCCGCGGAGAGCCAUCGCUAGCGUCUGAGUAUCGGGAUACAAGAGAUUUUAAAAAACUUUAUGAGGAACAAAUAAGGGACAAUGGACGCCUACGCUCCCAGCUGCUAAAUACCCAGAACUUGGUUAACGAGACCAAAGCUGAGCUUGAAAGAGCCCAACAGAGACAGGAGAGAAGCGUUGAUAGAUCCUUUCUGAUUGACACAGAGAAGAAGGAAAAGGUCAUCUUGGAACGCAGACUGUCUGAGUUGCAAGAAGAGUUGAAGGUUCUUGGGGACCUUAAGGCAGAUAACCAACGUCUAAAAGAUGAGAAUGGAGCACUGAUCAGAGUCAUCAGUAAAUUGUCCAAAUAGCAAAGCUGCUACAUUGGAGAUACUUUCUCUCCCACUUGUCACCAGCCUUGGAACCGUCCAGUCGGACAUACAUAGCAUUUUUGGAGGAUGUGGGAGAAUAGAGGAUGCAUGUAUGUAAUGUAUUUACACUCAGCCACCCCUGAAUUUGUCCAGGAAUCACAUUGGAGGUUUGUUGGUGCAUAAAGGAAGGGAUGGGACCAUCUACAGAAGGUGUUUCAUCUGUAGUUUACAAAGCACUGGGCAUAAGAACUUGGCUUUUGUGUACCUUGCUUGACCCAUCUUCACCAGUUUGCUGAUUUGCUCAGUGUGGGAGCAGUGGAGCCCCCUUGGGAAGUGUUUCCAUGGUGUCUCCAUCUGAAGAAACACAGAGCUUAUGUCUUGGACCAUUUGCAACUUUACUAGGAACAACUAUUCUACCUAUUUCCCUGUAAAUUAUAUUAUGUGUUCCUUACACUGUGGAUUCAUCUGCAAACACCACAUUUACUGGACUAGACCCAAAAUCCUUUACAUAUUUUUUUAAGAGGCCAACUCCAUAUUGGGAUGACAACGAGUUCCACACAAAUCUACCUAAUCUCUGGUGAAGAACCCAAGUGCAAAUGUACUGCAAUGCAGAUACAGAUUACUUUCUGGAAAAAAACCAAUGCUAGUACCGCUUUAUAAUACCGUUCAUCCUUAUUCCCCUUGGGUCCAGUGGAAUUGUGGGAGCGCAGCUUGAGCUGUGGGAAAGGCGGCUGGAUUAUUUGGCGCGAUGUCAAGCAACAGGGACCUCGGAUGUGAGGGGUGGCUGAUGUGUUCUGUCCUGACAAGUGUGUUCCACCCACAAUGUGUGCACAGAGAGAAAGUCACAGAAGAAACACUGAUUUGUGCGUGGGGCAAGCACCGUCUGAUCAACAGGAUUUAAACAUUGGAAAGAGCACAAAUUUGUACGCCCAUUAUACCCCCCCCCCCAUUCCCCCUUCCCAGUUUAUUUGUUUUUGCAACGGACCACACUUUGCUGAAAGAGGCUGCAGGGUAGGGGUAGGUAUCCCACUAUGUUGUCCAUUAUUUGAGCACAUUUUAGACACCAUAAAGAAGACGUGUUAUGUCUUCUAGUCACUUUAAUUUUUUGUUCCCACCCCCACCUUCUGCACUGGUUUUUCGUUUGUUCCUAUGAGAGAGAGAUUUUAUUUAUUGUUUGGGGGGAAAAAAACGAUUUCCCCUUAAUUGUGCCCUGAUACCAGAACAUCCAUUCUCCUCAGAGGAAUGCUAGUUGACUUUAUCCAGUCCUGUGUGAACGUGGCAGUGCAGUAGUUCAUAUACAGUCAGCAAUCAAUUGCUGUUAGAUUAGGGAAUAGCAAUUGCCGAUGUGUUGCUGCAUCGAUCAAGGUGCCCGUGCUUGUCCCAAAUCUAAUAUUGCCAGGGUGUAAAUGCCUAUUGUCAUCACUUUUUCUUCUGCUCAGCUGUGUCCAGCCAGCUCAAGCAGGUGCCAUUUGAUCCCUUUGGUAGCCAAUCAGAGUGUUUAAAUGUGCCCUACACAACCACGACAGGCAUUAGAAACAGCAACAAGAUAGGUGUGAUGUGCACUGAGGUUCAUAAAAUCUACUUGUUGCAGUGCACAGAUAAGGCGUUCAGAGAGGGGGUUUUGCAAAACCUGAUAUCUGUGCUGUUUUAGGAGGUGCUUAUAUAUAGAUUUUUGUUUACACUGGUUACAGCUAUACCAUGUGAUACUGUCCUAUAAAUGGGUGGAGCAUGUUCGUUUAGAACAUAUGAAUGGGCCAGUAAGAAUGAGUAAUCACAAAAGGUGGAUUCAGACCUGGCAAAAACGCACUACAAAUAAGUAUACAUUAGUACCAAUAAGCCACAUGAUACAAACCCUUCACUUCUUCAGUACUUAUAAAUAAGCUUUGAAACUGUGAGCCAGAGGGGAUACCUAAAUCAUGUGGACAUUUUUACAGUGUCUGUUCCGCCAUACCCACUACUUCCCUACUCCAAUGAUUCCUUAAAGGGGUCCUGCACGCAAAAACUGAAAAUGCAGCUUUCCAGUAUAAAUCAAUGAAACAUUUUUAGAUUGUAAUUGCUUUAAUUACCUUCCAGUUUUAACAGGAAUAUAGCUCUAUAUAUAAAAGUGCCCAGCUCGAAACCCGUAUUUGACAGGUUCCCCCUGCUUUCUGCUACAAACCUGUGUUAGUACAUUGCCUAUGUAAAUCACUUUCCUGUUCUUGAAGGUGCGUCCAUGGAUCGACACAAGUGAGAGGCAGGGGGACCCUUUCAAAUGUGGGGUUAGCGCUGGUCACAUUUUUAUAAGUAACCCUGUGCUCCUUAGUACUACAAACUGUACCCCUUAGUGCUCAUUCUAAAAGUCUGUGGUCAGACAGGUGGUAAGUAUAGGGCUCUGUUGCAGUCUGUGCCCACCAGCGCACCCUACCCAAACUUCUAAAGAACAUACAAGUUUAGGGAACACUAAAGGGGAAACACAGAGUAUUCCCAUAUGCCUCCCCCCAACCUGUCUCUCAUGAAUACAUCACUGCUAAACGCUGGCAGCAAUGUAUGCAUGAGGGGAAUGCAGGUCUUUGCAUGCCAGACCUGUAGAAAUUCAGAGAAGUGGCAGAUCGGGCACCAAGUGUGAAAUUGCACACAUUUUUUUCACAUAUUUUUGCACUUUGUACCCUGCCCUGCCCUGCCCUGUUAUUGACCCCUUGUAUCUGAUUGUUUACAUUCUAUGCAAUUCUGCAUCUGUCUCCUUAAGCCGAUUAACAGACCUGCAGGAGUACUGACUCCUGCUACAUUGUUUCGAUAGUCAGACGCAGAGAACAGAAAGGGAUAAACAAACCGUUUUGCUUUUAGCAUUUACACUAACUGUAAAACCACUGCCUUUUUUUAAUUAAUGUAUAUCCAGUAAGCUCCUUAGAAGUACAGUGCAAAAAUCAGUUUUUGGGUGGAGUUCCCCUUUACUAGUCUAAAUAAAUCUUAUGACAAAGUGUGUUAUUAUUUUUAACUGUCAGAUUGGCGAGCGGUGAGUGCCCUGCUGGUCUUGUAUAAAAACACUAAAGUCCCCAGUCAUUAAGGGCAAGGGUUUGCAGGCGCUGUUGGCAAGAGAGCGGCUGUCUUGUGACAUGGCAGAAUUCCGUCCUUGUUCCCAGACCUUACAGAGGAAAGGAAUUCUUUACACUGCGGCAGGAAGCAGCACAGGGGAAAAAAAGUAGGAGACUGGAAUCCAGUCCAUUUCCUGGCAAGGACCCAGCUGAGGCAUAUCAGGGUCUGUAGAGUUGAGAUCAGCUUGAGUUUAUCCACUUAUAUACUGCCUGUUCCUCCUACGGCCCCUAAACUGAACUCCAUCCAAGUCUUCCCCUCCAGGAGUGCACCCUAUCUCCCUCUCCUUCCUGUGUUAUCUUUUCACUCACAUUUUAUUAUUUUUGUGCAAUAUAUAUUAUAUUUAUAAAUGGUUUUGCCAAACACUGUGUUUUGUUCAAGCUGCGGAUCUGCCUUUAUUUUUUUGCUUUAAUAUUGUUUAUAUAAUUUAUAAAUGCACUGUUUUUAAGGCACUAAUUUGUGUGUGUGUGUGUUUUGCUCUUUCAUGACUCAUUUGUGUUCUUGUGUGUUAUCUGGCAAUUUGUCACCUCCUCCUGUCAGGAAUGUGGUUAUUAUGUGCCAUCCCUUCCCUCCGUGUCUGCGUCUUCCCUGUUCCGCACGUUGCCGUGUGUCCUACCAAUGAUGGGAUUCUCUCCUGUCACUCCAGACUUGCAAAUAAAAACUCACUUUGAAAACAUG